CUGAUUUUCCCCCAUUUUCUGCUCCCCGUGUCCAUCUCCAAACCAAAACCCGACCAUUAUAGCCCUUCCGCAGAGCGCUCCCCCUCCGCGUCAAAGACAACAAUGGAGAGGGCUGCUCUUCUUCGCUGUUCCUCUCUAGCUUCCAACCGAUUCUUCUAUUUUCCGGGCAGGUCUUUUCCUCUUCGUCUUCCCGCUCCCUUCUCCUCCCGCUCUGCUUCCUCCUUAUCUUCCGCUUCUUCUACCAGCUCCCGCCUACUCCGCCGCCCAAUCCCCGGCCUCAGCCGCCGCUCCCUCCACCGCCGUCACUCCAGAUUGCUCCGCGUCGUUGCUUCUUCCUCGUCGCCGUCGUCUUCUCCACUUCACUCCGAUAAACAUUUCUCCACUCUCUCCGCUCGUGCCGUAGCAACACAACCAGCUCCUCAGUUCUCGUCAGAUGUUGGAGUUUCUGAUGAGGUUGCCGAGAAGCUGGGAUUUGAGAAGGUUUCGGAACAGUUCAUUGAAGAGUGUAAAUCGAAGGCUGUGCUCUUCAAGCAUAAGAAGACUGGUUGUGAAGUUAUGUCAGUGUCAAAUGAUGAUGAGAAUAAGGUCUUUGGCAUUGUGCUUCGUACACCUCCGAAGGAUUCAACUGGGAUUCCACACAUACUGGAACAUAGCGUACUAUGUGGGUCAAGAAAAUAUCCUUUGAAAGAGCCGUUUGCGGAGUUAAUUAAAGGAAGUUUGAAUACAUAUCUUAAUGCAAUUACCUUUCCUGAUAGAACCUGCUACCCGAUUGCUUCCACAAAUACAAAGGAUUUCUACAAUCUAGUUGAUGUAUAUCUGGAUGCUGUCUUCUUCCCUAAAUGUGUGGAGGAUGAACUAAUCUUUCAGCAGGAGGGCUGGCAUUAUGAGCUGGAUGAUCCUUCCAAAGAUAUCACUUAUAAAGGUGUUGUCUUUAACGAGAUGAAAGGCGUCUACUCCCAGCCAGAAAAUGUUCUGGGCCGGGCUGUUCGACGUGCUGUGUUUCCCGACAAUACCUAUGGAGUUGACAGUGGAGGGGACCCCACAGUUAUUCCCAAACUGACAUUUGAAGAAUUCAAGGAGUUUCAUCGUAAAUAUUACCACCCUAGCAAUGCAAGGAUAUGGUUUUAUGGAGAUGACGAUCCAUCUGAGCGACUGCGAAUCCUGAGUGAAUAUCUAGAGAUGUUUGGGUCGAGCUCAUCUCCAAGUGAAUCGACAAUUGAGCCUCAGAGACUUUUCUCAGAGCCAGUAAGGGUAGUGCAUAAGUAUCCAGCUGGUGAUGGUGGUGAUUUGAAAAAGAAGCAUAUGGUGUGCCUUAACUGGUUGCUUUCUGAUAAGACACUGGACUUGGAGACUGAGCUUGCACUUGGAUUUUUGGAUCAACUUUUGUUGGGAACUCCUGCUUCUCCAUUGAUGAAGAUAUUGCUUGACAGUGGUUUGGGAGAUGACAUUGUUGGUGGUGGUAUAGAGGAUGACCUACUUCAACCUCAAUUCAGUAUUGGGUUGAAAGGAGUUUCCGAAGAUGAUAUUCAGAAAGUAGAAGAUUUAAUUUUGAGUACACUUAAAAAAUUAAGUGAAGAAGGUUUUGAGACAGAAGCUCUGGAGGCAUCCAUGAACACGAUAGAGUUUCAUCUCCGAGAAAACAACACUGGAUCAUUUCCUCGUGGCUUAGCACUGAUGUUCCAAUCCAUGGGAAAAUGGAUUUAUGGUUUGGAUCCCUUUGGGCCUUUAAAAUAUGAGAAACCAUUGAUGGCACUGAAAGCUAGAAUAGCCAAGGAAGGCUCUAAAGCUGUUUUCUCUCCUUUAAUUGAGAAGUUUAUCCUGAACAAUCAUCAUCGCGCCAUUGUGGAAAUGCAGCCUGAUACAGAGAAAGCUUCUCGUGAUGAUUCCUUAGAGAGAGAAACACUGGAGAAGUUGAAAGCAAGUAUGACAGAAGAAGAUCUUGCCGAGCUAACCCGUGCAACACAGGAGUUAAAACUGAAGCAGGAAACUCCAGACCCCCCGGAAGUCUUAAAAACUAUUCCAUGCCUUCAUCUAGAUGAUAUUCCCAAACGAACCACUCCCACUCCAAUUGAGGUUGGGGAGAUUAAUGGAGCAAAAGUAUUGCAGCAUGACCUGUUUACAAAUGAUGUCCUUUAUGCGGAGGUAGUAUUUGAUAUGAGAUCACUGAAGCAGGAGCUUCUUCCUUUGGUACCACUUUUCUGCCAAUCACUGCUUGAGAUGGGUACAAAGGAUAUGAGUUUUGUGCAACUUAAUCAGCUGAUUGGAAGGAAAACCGGGGGUAUAUCUAUUUAUCCCUUCACAUCCUCUGUCCGAGGCUCAACAGAUCUAUGUAGUCAUAUUAUCGUUCGAGGGAAGGCCAUGACAGGGCGUGCUGAAGACUUAUUUAACCUGGUAAAAUGUGUUCUUCAAGAAGUAGAAUUCACAGACCAGCUGCGAUUCAAGCAAUUUGUUUCACAGAGCAAAGCAGGAAUGGAGAGCAGCUUAAGCAGUGGUGGUCAUUCAAUCGCUGCGUCAAGGCUGGGUGCGAAGUUUACUACUGCCGGUUGGAUUUCAGAACAAAUGGGUGGUGUCAGUUAUCUUGAGUUCCUGCAAGAUCUGGAAAAGAGAGUUGAUCAAGAUUGGGAUGGAAUUUCUGCUUCACUAGAGGAAAUCCGCACAUCCUUGUUAUCGAAGGAUGGCUGCUUGGUAAAUUUGACUGCUGAUGGGAAGAAUCUCACAACCUCGGAGAAGUAUGUUAGCAAGUUCCUUGAUUGUCUUCCAAGCAGCUCACCGGCGGCAACUGCUUCUUGGAGUGCUCGACUUCCUCCUGGAAAUGAAGCUAUUGUCAUACCUUCGCAGGUCAAUUAUGUUGGCAAAGCUGCUAACCUCUAUGAAGCUGGUUAUCAACUUCAUGGGAGUGUAUAUGUUAUCUCAAACCACAUUUCUAAUACAUGGUUAUGGGAUCGGGUUCGUCUGAUGGGCGGAGCAUAUGGAGGGAUGAGUCAAUUUAAUCCUUACUCAGGAGUCUAUUACUUCGUAUCUUGGAGAGACCCCAAUUUGCUGAACACACUAGAUGUGUAUGAUGCAACUGGGGAUUUUCUACGUGAGUUAGAACUUGAUAAUGAUACUCUCACAAAAUCCAUUAUUGGUACCAUUGGAGAUGUGGACUCGUACCAGCUACCAGAUGCCAAAGGUUAUAACAGCAUGCUGAGAUACCUGCGAGGUUUCACUGAGGAAGAAAGGCAACAGAGGCGCGAAGAGAUACUCACAACUAGCUUGAAGAACUUCAGGGAAUUUGCAGAUGUAGUCGAUGCUGUGAAACAUAAAGGAGUUUCAGUAGCUGUGGCAUCUGCAGGCCACAUAGAUGCAGCGCACAAGGAUCGCCCCAGCUAUUUCCAAGUGAAGAAGGUCGUUUAAGCAUUGGGGAUCACUAGAGUAUCACCACCAAGCUAUCAUCUACCGUUUAUCUUAGUCAGAUGAUUGGACCAACCGGCUGACCUGCUCUGCCCCAGUUAUAGCCAGCUAGAAACCGGAAACAAAGUAUAGAAGAAUAAGAUCAAAAUGAUGGCAGCAUUUGCAAACCUUAUAUGGUCAUUUGUAUCACCGACGAUGAAUAUCAUUUCUCAUUCUGUGUCAAAUCAUCCGACUCUUUUCUUUGCAAAAAGUGGGUCAUUGGUAGAUAGCUUAGCAAGUUAACCUUCAUUCUGGGUUGUUUUUUUCUCGAACCAAAAAACAAAGUUGUGUAAGCAUAUGCAGGAAGCUGAGAAUUACAGAGUGAGCUCUCGUGAUCGAUUUCUCCACCAGCAAGUCGAUCUUGACAAGGAUGAGUACCUUUCAGCAGCAGCGACGCAGUUACAUCAGCAACGAGUUUUCUCAAGGAAAAAAAAGGUCAGCCAUCACCAGCACCAAUCUUUCAGUAGAGUUGACCUUCCUACUGAUCAUCAGAAUUCAGAGGACCACCUUCGAAAUUCAAGGCUAAAAACCAAGAUGAAUUCUUUUUUGAGUUGUUUUGGUACCCUUUGGGGGAUUUGAACUUGUGAAAAAGAUCCAGAGUCUGAUAGGGGAAAGUAGAGAUGCUUUGAGAUGGAGAGGGCCAGUUGGUGCUUUGCCUCAUGGAGGCAUCUUUCACAGGAAUCAUCUCCUUUUUCAUUGCUUUUUCUUCCUGUAGGCAGGUUUAAUGCCUGCCUUUCCUCUAUUAGCUGUUUGGCCUAUUCAUCCUUCUUCCCUUUUUUCGUUUGAACGAAUCAAAUUCUGAAACUGACCCCAAUUGUGUAUACGGUUACCUUUGUUGGAUAGAUCCUAUCCCUGUGUUGCCAGCUACUUGGUUCACCAGAUGGACUCACUUCAAAGUGCUGUGAAAGUCAUGUUGCGUAGAUUGGCAAUGAGUUAAUUUGGAUGUCCAUGUUUAUCUCUAAACAGUCUCGUGUGCAACUUGGCUAAGGGGCAGAAGCUCCUUAGCCUGUGCACAGACAGAACCGCGUGCCACUCAUUCGAUUCAGAUGGAGGCGCUCGGUUGUAUGGCUGAGAAACCGUUUGCUGGAAUCGCGAAUCCACGCUGUUUUAUUCAUGGAGAGGCAAACUGUGACUCUUUAGGCUUAUUGCCUCAGAUGCCCUCAGUAGCAGUAAAAAAUCCUUUCUUGGUGCUCGAUGGAAAAAGGAAAGAGAGAAGGCUUCUGGGGACAUAGACAUAAAUGCAAUUUCUGCAAGCUGGGCUACAGUUCCAAGGGAAAGAAAGGAAAUUGACUUUUUUUUUAAUAUAGAGAGUAGAGCAGUAUGAUCCACGAGUGGAGCUAUGAUUGCAGAUUCUGAAAUGAUGUCGAAGCUAAUAAUUGGCCCCUUUCCGCUGGCUGUGUCUUUAUCUUGUUUCCUUCCCAUACUGUUCUUUCUCCCACCUAUUAUUGUCUUCUUUUCAAGUUUUUAGGGCCCCCAAAUUCUAGGAAUUGCGGCAGCGUAACAAGCCGGUGCUUAGGGGCUCAGAUUGUUGGGUGGAUGGUUUGGUUUAUAAGAUUAGGCCGAUGAUAGCUAGCAGUGUUGGCGUUUUCGGUAAAUGUACUGAGUUGAGAUAUUGGGUGAGGCCCUUUUUAUAUCUCAGACCAAACCAUUGGUUCAACACAUGAGGUGUAGCCGUGUUUGGACUUUGGAUAACAAUUUUGUCCAUACUAGUG